CAGAAGGCCAGCUAUAAAUCUGAACAAAGUGAUGCCCUAUGCGGGGAACGGCCCCUCUCCUCCUCGCGGGGGACCGGGGAGCCCCCGCUCAGCUGCUGCCUGCCCACCCCUAUUAUCCUGCCGGCUCUGGGCCGCCCUCCUGCAUCUCAGCUGCUGGCCCAUCUGGAGCAGAGAUGAAAGACUGGAGUUUAAUUCGGGCUUUGUGUGCCUCUUGUGUUCCCCCACUCCCUCCCCUCUUAGCCCUUUCUCUGCUGCCAGUCUCCCAGCCCCGAUCCCGCACGGCAGCUCCGGCGUGCGGGUGCCUGCGCACGCUGCGGCUCUGAUGCCGCUGACCUCAUUAUUUUGACUGCUGGGUGAUGCCAGGCAGCCUCGCGAGCUCAUCAGGUGAGCGUGGCAGGCUAUGGGAUGGAUGAAGCUGAGCAGGACCAGUAUGAAGCUCGCCUCAAGGAGCUCUUCGACAGCUUCGACAGCACGGGCACGGGGUCCCUGGGGCAGGAGGAGCUCACCGACCUCUGCCACGUGCUGCACCUGGAGGAGGUGGCCCCGGCACUGCAGCAGACCCUUCUCCAAGGCAACCUCCUAGGCAGGGUCCACUUUGAUCAAUUUAAAGAAGCACUUAUCCUCAUCUUAUCCAGAACCUUGUCAAAUGAAGAACACUUCCAAGAACCAGAUUCUUCCCCAGAAGCGCAGCCCAAGUACAUCAAAGGCGGCAAACGCUACGGCCGGCGGUCCCUGCCGGAGUUCCAGGAGUCGGUGGAGGACUUUGCCGAGGUGACCGUCAUCGAGCCGCUGAGCGAAGAAGCGUGUCCCCCGCGCAUCGCCUCCAGCGGCUGCGAGGAGCGCUGGAAGACGCGAGACAGCGAGGAGUACGAGGCCGAGGGGCAGCUGCGCUUCUGGAACCCAGACGACUUGAACGCCUCCCCCAGCGUCUCGCUGCCCACCCCGGACUGGAUAGAGGAGAAACUGCAGGAGGUCUGCGAGCACCUCGGCAUCACCAGGGACGGCCACCUGAACCGCAAAAAGCUCGUCUCCAUUUGCGAGCAGUAUGGGCUCCAAACGGCGGCCGGGGAGGUGCUUGAAGAGGUGCUCCAUAACCUGGAGCAAGAUGGCACCAUGAGCGUAGAGGACUUCUUCUACGGCUUGUUUAAAAACGGAAAGUCACUGACACCCUCGGCGUCUACUCCGUACAGGCAGCUGAAACGACACCUCUCCAUGCAGUCCUUCGAUGAAAGCGGGCGGCGCACGACCACCCCCUCGGCCAUGCCCAGCACCAUCGGAUUCUGCCUCUUCUCCAGCCUGGAUGACGGGAUGGGCUACGGCUGCGUGGAGGGCAUCCUCGACUGCUGGCACCAGGAGGGCAUAGAGAACAGCCAGGAGAUCCUGAAGGCUUUGGAUUUCAGCUUGGAUGGGAAGGUGAACUUGACAGAGCUGACGCUGGCGCUAGAAAACGAGCUUUUAAUAACGAAGAAUGGAGUCCACCAAGCAGCCCUGGCGAGUUUCAAAACAGAGAUCAGACACUUGCUGGAGCGGGUUGAUCAAGUGGCCAGAGAGAAAGAGAAGCUGCGGUCGGACUUGGAAAAAGCUGAAAAGCUGAAAUCCCUGAUGGCCUCCGAAGUGGACGACCACCACGCCGCGAUUGAACGCCGCAACGAGUACAACCUCAGGAAGCUGGACGAGGAGUACAAGGAACGAAUUGCAGCUCUAAAGAACGAGCUCCGGAGAGAACGGGAGCAAAUCCUGCAGCAGGCUAAUAAACAGCGGCUGGAGCUGGAGCAGGAGAUAGAAAAGCUGAAAACCGAUGAGAACUACAUCCGCGACCGCCUGGCCCUUUCCCUGAAGGAAAACAGCCGCCUGGAAAGCGAGCUAUUGGAAACAGGAGAAAAACUGGUCGAGUAUGAAAGUUUGGCAAGCAAACUGCAGAGGAACUUGGAAAACGUCCUGGCUGAGAAGUUUGGUGACCUGGAUCCCAGCAGCGCGGAGUUUUUCCUGCAGGAGGAGAGGCUGGCGCAGAUGAGAAGCGAGUACGAGCGGCAGUGCAGAGAACUGCAAGACCAGAUAGAUGAGCUGCACUCGGAGCUGGAGGAGUACCGUGCCCAAGGCAAAGUGCUCAGGCCUUCGCUGAAAAACUCACUCUCGGAAGAGUUUGACAUUGAUAUGAAAAGCCAUGGCAAUAGCGGUAUUGAGCCUGACCAAGGACUUGGUUCAGAAGACUGCAACCCAUUAAAUAUGAGCAUAGAGGCAGAAAUGGCUAUCGAACAAAUGAAGGAGCAACAUCACAGGGAUCUACAUCACCUCAAACAGGAGCUCGAAGACACAGUGAGCCAUUACGAAAAGCAGCUAGAUGAGACAAAAAUCCACUGUGAAAAGGAGCAAGAGGGUAUGAGGAAGAAGUACACCGAAGAGAUGCAUGUUAUGGAAAAGGAAAUAACUGGCCUUAAAAAUCAAAUUACAGAACUGCAAGGAGAGGCAGCAGCACUCAGAGAACAGCAAGGAAAGCUUGACUGUAAAUAUAAUGAUGAGAAAAACAAAUUACAAAUGCGUUUUGAUGAGGAAAAAGCCAAUCUGCAAGAGCUGUUGAGGCAGGAGCACGAAGAAGACGUUAGAGCCAGACUGGAGCAGGUAAACGAGAAGUUUAGUCAGGAACGGGAAGAGCUGAUUCAAAACGGUGUCUGGGUGGAAGAAAAGAUGAGAGUUUUAGUGCAGACGCUGCAGGAAGAGAAGGGGGAGCUGGAACGUGGCUUUCGUGAGCAGCUGAAAAGGAUGGCGGAGGUGCACGCCCUGGAGAAGGAAGAGCUCCAGCAGGAGCUGCUGCGGAAGCACCAGCAGGACCUGGAGGAGGAGAGGAAAAAAAUGGAAAGUGACUAUAACAGAAGAGCAUCCCAUGCAGAAACUCAGUUUUCUGUCGACACACAAACACUUGUGAAUAAAUAUGAAGAAAAGAUCCAAAAUCUGGAAGGACGUUACCAGCGAGAGUUGCAUGAACUUGCUGAACAGCAAAGAGAGGAGAAAUCUCAGUGGGAGUUUGAAAAGGAUGAAAUUGCUCAGGAGGUUGCUGAAGCUCACGAGCAACUGAAGGAAAGUCUGGCAAAUGAAAAGGCUGUUUCUUCUGCCCUGACCCAGGAGAAAGAUCUCCUGGAGAAAAACUUCAAGGAAGAAGUGAACAAGCUUGUGUGCGAGAGAGAGCAGCUUCAGAAGGAGCUGCGAGACCUGAGGAAUGCUGCGGAGAAGCAAGAGAAAAAGCUGAACGAUAAAAUAACACAACUCCAAAAUGACCACAAAAAAGAGCUCAAGAACAAAGAUGAGCGUAUAUCCGUGGUGGAGGAAAAUGGGGAGCUGGUUAGGCAAAAGCUGGAGAGACUUGACAGUGAAUAUAAGCAAGAGAAAGAAGACCUCAAUUCCAAACUUCUUGCUUUGGAGAGUUUAAACAAAGACAUUUGUGUAAGAGCAGAAACGGAAAAGGCCGAGAUGAGUUUGGAAAUCUCAAACCUUCAAGGGAAAAUACAGAAAUUGCAGUGGGAGACCCAUAGUUUUUCCACACUGCAAAAUCAUUAUAGGGUCCUGGAAAACGAGUACGCCAAAGCAAAGAGCAAAAUUGCUUCUUUCUCUGGGAUGGCGCCUCUGGGGGAUGAUGCGGCUGUCCUCUUAAAUCUGCAGAAAGUGCACGAGCAAGCCGUGAAGGAAAAUGUCAGAAUGGCCGCUGAGAUCGUCAGGCUGCAGCGCAGGUUGCAGGCUGCGGAGCGGGAUCCCGCGCGACCUCCCAGCCCCGGCUGCUCCGACUCCGGCUCGGAACGGUCUCAGCUGCCAGAUGAAAUAGAUCCCAUUUUUGAAGGGUUGCCCUGGGAUGGUACAGAUGCAGACAAGGGAGCGGAUUCAAAUGUCCCUCCGCUUUUGGAAGCUGAUAGUACAGACCUGGAAGAAAUGACUGAGAUUGAUUCAGAUUUGGAGAAAGCAUGUGUGAAAGCCAGAGCAGGUGGCCAUGCACUCGAGGUGCAGGUGUGUCGGACGCAAGGAAGUAAAGCGGCACUGGAAUCUGAUGGCAAUCGGGAUUGUGACAAGAAUCAAGAGCUGCUUUCUCGGGUGCCUCUGCUGCAAAAAAAGAGAGGUCUCGAGAAAACUCUUGAGAGAGUUCCCAGACCAAAAAUGCUACACGACGACGUUAAGCAGCAGAAGGUUCGUCUGCCAAAUCACAGAAUAACUCCCCAAAAUAAAGGGUUUGUUUCCGAUGCUUUGAAGCUGCAGGUUGAGCUUGAGAAGGCUGAAGAACUGCGUGAAGCCUCUCUCCAGCUUGAUCACGCUCCUGGGUCAACAAAUGGUGACCUGAAAAGUGUAAUAGCUCAGCUCUGGAAAAGGGUCAAAGAGUUAGAAGACAGAUCAAUGGCACAGGCUGAACUUCUGUCACUACAAGAAGAAAUUCAGGUAGAAAACGAGGAUCUGAAAUGCGAAAUGAUCAAGUUAGUUGAAAAAAAUAAAGUGCUAGAAGACAACCUGCAGAAGCUGAGAAGCCUUCAUGGCAAACUAGAAGAAAGUAAACUGGCGAGUAUUAAGCUCAGAGGGGAAAACACACAGCUCCUCCAAAAAGUCAAAGAAUGGGAAGAUGUCCAAGAACAAGAUGCACAAGGCAACGCAGAGGCACACCGUGACAAGUUAAGACUGCGAUGCCAGCUCGGGAAGCUGGAAGAACGUGCUGCCGCAUUUACAGGUCAGCAAGGCAAGCGUGCCCAAAGCGACGGCACGGUGAAAGAAGUGUCGGCAGAAAAGAGGGAGCUGCAAGAGCCCAACAGAAAGCCGAAGGAGAAAGCUGCUGCUCUGGUUAGCCCAAAUGACGUGCAUUUCCACGAAGAGAGAGAGGAGAGGAAUACAGUGAUGCACGGCUUACAAAGCACGUGCGCUGAGCUGCAGCAAAAAGUUGAUCUUCUGAGAUGUGAAGCCGAGAAGCUCAGAGAAGAAAAUGCUAUUCUGAAAAAUGAAGUGACUUUAUUAAAUGAGGAAGGUAGUGCUUCCAGCCUGAAACUGAGGGAGCUAAAUGGAUCCCGAGAAGAAAUGUGGCAAAAGAUAGAGGCUGUGAGAAAGGAGAAAGUGGCUGUACAGAAGAUGGUUGACAACCUGAAAAAGCAGGUAGCAGAUCUGAAGACCAGGAACCAGCAGCUGGACUCUGAAAAUACAGAACUUAGCCAGAGGAACUCCAAAAAUCAAGCAGAUGUGCAGGAUCUUAAUCAACAGCUGGCAAAGGUGCUCAAGCAAAAGGAAAGGGAAGUGGGAAAAUGUACUCUGGAAGAAUGGGAAAAGGAGAGACUGGUACUGAAAGAGGAACUGGAAAACUCCAAAGUGAAGUCAUCAAAUAUGGUGUCUUCCUUGGAGGUGGAGCUGUCAAAAAUGAAAGUUCAAGCUCAUAUAUUGGAGCAGGAGAACCACAUCCUCAAGCAGGAACUCGAGAAGACAAAACCGCUGCCCAGAUGUCCUGAUCUCUCUGACCUUCAAAAUGAAGUUUCGAGCUUAGUUACUAAAAACGAAAAGCUGCAGAAAGAAAAAGAAGCCCUGAGUGAGGAAUUAAACAGAUGUAUUGAUAAGGUAGCUAAAGUAAGCUGCUUAGAGAAUGCAAUUGGCAGCUUGAAGCAGGAACAGAAGUCCUGGGAGCAGCAGAGUCAGACACUGAAAACACAGCUCACGGUCUCGCAAGAGAAGGUUCAGAGUCUCGAUGAAACGCUGCAAAACACCAACCUUCAAAUGUCCCGACUAAAGUCAGACUUACGGGUGACGCAACAGGAGAAGGAAACUCUUAAACAAGAAGUGAUGUCUUUGCACAAGCAACUGCAGAAUGCCAAUGAAAAGAAUCGGGUUCUAGAACGGGCUGUGCCUUCCUCAGGGCUGCAGGACCAACACAGGCAGCUACACUGGGAUGAACUGGACCAGCUGACGCAACAGGAGCAGCAGCUGCUCAGGCAGGAGAAUGAGAGGCUGCAGAGAGAAGUCCAGAGCACUAAGACAGACCUGGCUCACUCCAGGGAGAAGAUCCGACAGCUGGAAUCUACUAUCCUUUCCCUAAAGCACCAAAAGCAUCAAAGCCAGUCAGGUAUCGUCAAAGCCAUAGAGCAAGAGAAAUUAAGCUUGAAGAGAGAGUGUGAACAGCUUCAGAAGGAGUUGUCAUCUGCAAACAGGAAGAUCAGUCAGAUGAAUUCUCUUGAACGUGAACUGGAAACCAGCUCAGAAAAUGAAGGGCUAAGAAAAAAGCAAGUCAAACUGGAUGAUCAGUUAAUGGAGAUGCUCCACUCAAGCGCCAGUGUGAUGCGUAGCCAACCACCGCACUCCCGGGAGCUCCAGCAGCAAGGCUGUGCUAUGGUGCCCAAGGAACAGUUCCUGCAGCUCCAACACCAGCUACUACAAGCAGAGAGGAGGAGUCAACGUCUUCAGGAAGAACUUGAAAGCAGACCCUCUGAAACAAACAUGCAACAGGGGGGUCAUGAGCAGCUUCUAAAAAUGAUGGAAGAACGUAUGAUGGAUGUUGAGCAGAAACUAAGGCUUGUGAAGAGGCUUCUCCAAGAUAAAGUAAAUCAGCUGAAAGAACAACUUUCCAAGAACACUAAAGCAGAUGCAAUGGUCAAGGAUCUCUAUGUUGAGAAUGCACAACUGCUGAAGGCUUUGGAGAUGACAGAACAGCGGCAGAAAACUGCUGAAAGGAAAAACUAUUUACUAGAAGAAAAAAUUGCCAACCUCAAUAGAAUAGUAAAGAACCUGGCAUCCCCAUCAUUUAACUCAGCAUCCGAGAUAAGGUCGUAGCAAAGCCAUUAAGCAUGCCACCGUCCCGUGCACUUUACUGAAAUGUUAAUAUUUCAGCUUUUCACUGUGUUGCCUUUUUGUAUUGAUGAAUUUUAGUUAACAGAUGCCUCCAAGGAGAGGACUGAGCUAAAUCCCAAACUGGACACUGCCAAAAGAGAACUUUUGUUUAAUCCCAGACUGUUUUUCUGCUAAGUUUUGCCUAAAAGUAAUCUUCACUAUGUAAAAAAAGACAUGUUUUUCUAGGUUAACUUAUUUUGAUACUUUGGUUUUAAUUUAAAAUAUAAACUCUGAAUUUACUAUCCUGAAUCAAUUAGUCUUAUCUAGAUUGAAGCCAAGGUCUAAUGCAAACUUGCAUUAGUAAAUUCAAACUUUGAAGUAUUUUUGGCUUUCUAGAAUACUUCAUGGUCCAAACCUAAUAAUGUUGACAGGUCAGUCUUCAACACCGUCAGUAUAAUUGCUAUUGAAAGCAAGACUUUCCUGCUACGGUCUGUGUUCUGCAAACUGAUUCUGGUUUCUGUAAAGCAACAUGCUCCACCUUACGCAUUAGGCUUCUGGGUUAGUCUUCAUGGCUGUUUCUCUGCAUAGCUCAGAAAAAAAGUUUUCUUAAAAAUAUGUAAAUAGACUACUGCCUCCCACUAAGUGUAACAGUAUUUCAUCUGAAGAAAUUUCCCAGCUGGCAAGUAAAGACUACUACUUUUUUUUUUUUAAGCUGUGCUUCCAGACAACUUAAAAAUUGUAGAGGCCUUAAUUUUUUUAUAUGUGGAAAUAAGUUAUACUAAAGAAAGGAAGGGUCACUAAACAGAAGUGAAGAUGUGAGUUUUGUUUAUAUAAUUUGUAAAUUCAGUAAAGCAGUGGAGUAUGUUUAUUAAACAACUGGCAGAAGAAUGAAGAGGGGGACUUGAAUGAUUUCGUCACUGAAAUCCUGUUGUUAGGCCUCACAAACAUGGACCUCUGCCAUUAAUGCAGUGUUCGUUUUGACCCAAGCGAUAAUUGGAAAGGCCUGUCUUUUUGUAGUAGAUCCUAGUACAGAAUCUAAGUUUGUAAUUAAUUGUGAAGAAACAUAUUCAAUGUGAAUAUGAAGAACUCAGGGAAUAACAGCCUAAAUUAGCUUCCUUCAACUUUAUAAAUGUGGAUAUUAAUGUCAAUAGAUGAAGAUAAAUAUGCAUUAGGAAAAGCAAGAUAAACCAAAUUUUACCUUAGUACUCCUAGACCAACACUCUGAAGUGCUGUAGUCAUGAAGGUUGAAGAGCAUCAAGGUUUGUAAUGACAGGUAAUACCUCCUGUUUGAUGAGUCAAUGAGGCUGGGGAAAUGCAAGUUCUCUGGGAACACCUUCAAGACUGAGAGGGGUCUGAUACAGAAGCAGCUGAAUAAGAGUUUGCAUGCUCAAAUGCUUGUAUAUAACUGAUUACUGCAAAUAGUUAAAAUGCCCUACAACUGCCUUGCCUCCAUCAGAUCAGUAAGACACAUUUAAACAAUGUAAAUAAAACUGGUGAACGGGGCCAUACUGGCAAUACUUGAAACUGGACCUCUCUGAAUAUGCAUCAGUUGAGAAUGCAGAGGAAGAGGGUGAGAUGUUUUGUCUCUGAGACCACUAGCAAAGUGACAAGUCUGACAGCAUUUGUAAUGAGCCAAAAGUCCCCCAGAAACUGGGAUAAUACUGCCUACAAGCUGUGGAGUAACCUAGGGAAAAUGACUUUCACUCAGUACUGAUUAGCAUGUGGCUGUAGGGGAUGCUAUCUGUGUCUAUGUGGUUACUUGACAAUUUUGGAGGGUUGAGGGACUGAGCUAGACAUACAGGGUAUGACCCCCUCUCCUCCUCCUCCUCUGUUGCUUUAUGUGGGCAAUAUAGUGGAAAUGGAAAUACGCUUAUGUAAGAAGAGUAUGCUGGGGUAUCACAAAGUCCUUAUAACUUAUUUCACUGCUAUGCUAUUCUAAAUGCCUAUACUGGGCAUUUCUCUAAGUCAUCUCAAAUUCAGGGAUUUACAUACCCUGUUUUUCAGAGGCUGCAAAAAUUCUUUUCACAAACUUGAAAUGUGUCAAAUUGACAAACUGCACUGAUAAAUCAGAGCUUUUAAAAAUUUGCAGUAGUGAGAUCUGGUUUCAUUUAGUAUUAAUCAGUAAGUGGUAUCGGGUAUAAUAAAUCUCUGUGUGUGGGUACCAGGGCUAUGUGUUAGCAAUAUGGUAAUUGAGCACACCCUAAAACCUCGCCUAUGCUAUGGAAAUUAGCAAAGUUUCAGAAUACUUCUAGGAAACAAUGUAAAUGAGGUUCAGAUGAUCAGAACUGUAUUUGGAAAAAUAUUAUUAGCUAGCACAUUUUAACACUACUUCAUAUCUUGACCUAGGUUUACUUCUAAUGCUCAGUUUGUGACCAAAGUCUGAACGCUGAACAGAGGGAACGAGUACUUCACUUAAACUAUUGUGCAAUUAAUUUCACAUUAUUCAAUUUUAAAGGCUAGACUACUUAACUAGUUCUUUUAAUCUCCUGGUAGUUACCAGGCUUUUAUAAACCAAACAUACACACAUUUCUAGAGCACAGUACCAAAAAGGGAGCCCAGAUAUUGGCACAGAAGGGAGAAACAGAGAAAAGGGACUUUGACUUCUCCCAUUUUCACCCUAUCCUACCUUGCUCUAUUUUUCUUUCACUUAGCUUCAAAAAACUAACCUAACCACAGGAGAGAGGAGGAGGAGGAAAAUGUUUGGUAAACACUUUUUAGACAAAACUCCAAUUUCACUGGAAUACUUGUGUGAAUUCAUUCUCAGAAGUGCCUUUUGUAAUUACAUACUCUAGAGCCUUUCUGUACUGUACUGGUUUUGUUGCUACAGGACACUUCAGGACAAUCCCUUCCCAAAUCGAGGGAACAGAGAGAAAGGUAGUGCUGCUUACAAACGAGUGUCAUGUUGCUUAUUGGUUCAUUGUGUCAGCUCAGAAGAUAAGCAGCUAGUUUUACAAAGUCCAGGCUACUGAAAAUAAGCAUAUAAACAUGUAAGUUAUUAAGCAUUAGUGGUCUUUUGUGCAUGAAUGUGUCUCCUAUGCAGUAUAGGCAUUUUAAAGAUACCAAAGUAUUUAAUGGUAUUGUACCAGUCAAAAGUCACUGAAUUUCUAGGCCUCAUUCAUACAACAGGCCUUGCCAAUUAAGAUAUUAACUACUUGAUUACCAGAAGGUGUUUUAAAUCUUUUGAACUCUUGCUUUAUGAAUCACUGUGAAAAUAAAGGCACAUAGAUAUCAUGGGUUGGGAGUUUUGGAAGAGGAGAGACCCCAAGUUAAAUUUUUGUGUACUAAAUUCACACAGUUGAAGUGCUACUUGUCAAUUGAGAAUGAUUUAAAAGUAUACAUUGUUGCACAUUCUCCAAUUGCUACUUUAAAUACAAGGAAACUUGCAUUCUUUGAAUUCUGAUUGGGAAAAAAAAAAAAAAAAAGGAUUGUAACAUAUUUGAUUUUAGCCAGAUUAUAUCUAAGGUAGAGCAGGGGACAGGCUGGAUCUAUCAAGAGUAAAAUCCUUUCGUUUACUUUCAGCAAAUGACAUCACUGUCUCUCAGGUUUUCCAUCAUUUACCUGUUAAGUCUCCUGUUUGGUGUCAGAUGCUGUCAUGUCAUGACAAAUGACUUCUGUAUAAAAGAAAACAAUUGUGUAUUUUUUUUUCUGUUGAGUUUGUUUUGUUUUGGUGUAAUAUAUUGUCCUUACAACAUCAUGUAAAACUGAAAGAUGAACCAACUUACACAUUAUUUAUAAUGAAUACAUUAAAAAAAUUACC